CUGGGCACCAUUGUUUUGUGAAGACGUCUCGUUUGUUUUUUGUUCCACACGUGUCUUUCGGCGCGCGAUUUGCUGUGCCGGGUGGGUUUGCUGUCUCCAAGACCAGUGCUCCCUACUUCCCGUGGCAAAUGACAACCCAUUGAGACAUUCCAGCUGCCGAGCAACUGCGGAUGGUGUGGUCACAUCAAGGAUACAACACCUGCUGUAACUCCUGUGCCUAUGAGACAGAUAAACGUGAUCUGAAGGACACACCACGUUCUAUACAGGCCAGCGUCCAUUUGAAUGCCAUUUGUGUCCUUGGAUCUUCUGGCGAACAUUGAAGCUGAAGAAGCACCUACAACUUACAUAGGCAAGAGGCCAGUUGAGUGCCCUUUAUGCCCUCAGAGCUUCUGACAAAAGGUUAAUCUGAAGCAACACUCGCACAUGUACACAGGCGAGAUGCCAUUUGAUUGUCCGUUAUGCCCUCAGAGCUUCUCACGAAAGAGUUCUCUAAACCGACACCUGGACACCCACACAGGCCAGAGGCCAUUUCAGUGCCCUUCAUGCCCUCAGAGCUUCUCAGUGAAGUCUACCCUGAAGAAUCAUGUGCGCAUCCACAAAGGCGAGAGGCCAUUUCAAUGCCCUGCAUGUCCUCAGAGCUUCUCAAAUAGGUCCACACUGAAAAAUCAUGUGCGCACCUACACAGGCAAGAGGCCGUUUCAGUGCCCUUCAUGCCCUCAAAGCUGUUUGCAGAAGUCUACUCUGAAGAAACAUGUGCUCAUCCACACAGGUGAGAGGCCAUUUCAGUGCCCUGCAUGUCCUCAGAGCUUCUUGGACAAGUCCACACUAAGAAGGCAUGUGCACAUCCACACAGGCGAGAAGCCAUUUCAUUGCCCUCAAUGUCCUCAGAGCUUCUCACGCAUGUCUAUACUGAAGGAUCACCUGCGCACCCACACAGGUGAGAGGCCAUUUCAGUGUCCUUCGUGCCCUCAGAGGUUCUCGCACAAGUUUGUACUUAAGAAUCACGUGCGCAUCCACACAGGUGAGAGGCCAUUUCAAUGCCCUUCGUGCCCUCAUAGCUUCUCACAAAAGAGUCAUCUGGACAAACACCUGCGCACCCACACAGGCGAGAGGCCAUUUCGCUGUGCUUUGUGCCCUCAGGAUUUCUCACACAAAUAUGCAUUGAAGAAUCAUGUGCGCACCCACACAGGUGAGAGGCCAUUUCAGUGCCCUUCAUGCCCUCAGAGCUUCUCACUUAAGUUUACCCUGAAGAAUCAUGUGCGCACCCACACAGGUGAGAGGCCAUUUCAAUGCCCUUCAUGCCCUCAGAGCUUCUCACGUAAGUCUAUACUGAAGAAUCACCUGCGCACCCACACAGGCGAGAGGCCAUUUCAGUGCCCUGCAUGCCCUCAUAGCUGCUCACGAAAAAGUAAUCUGCACCAACACCUGCGUACCCACACAGGUGAGAGGCCAUUUCAGUGUGCUUUGUGCCCUCAGAGCUUCACAGACAAGUCUGCAUUGAAGAGUCAUGUGCGCACCCACACAAACGAGAGACCAUUUCAGUGCCUUUCAUGCCCUCGGAGCUUCUCACGCAAGUCCACACUGAAGAAUCACCAGCGCAUCCACACAUGCAAGAGAUGAUUUCAUUGCCCUGCAUGUUCUCGAAGCUUCUCCCAAAAGAGUAUUUUGAACCGACAUCUGCGCACACACACAGGCGAUAAAACACUUCAUUGGCCUUCAUGCCCUCGAAGCUUCUCGAAAGUCUGCACUAAAGGCUCACCUGCGUAUCCACUAAUGUGAGAGGCUGUUUCAUUGGUUCUCAUACUUUAGAAAAGCUCAUUAAUGUUCAUGUCGCCAAGCCAGUGCACACUAGAGAUCAUUGAAGCAGGAAGAAUUCAGUGUUCACAGUGUUCAUGUGUAAAGGUCGCGUCGGUUCACCUUUUCCAAAAAAAGACUUUCCCAAGUACACUUGCUGCAGAGUAGUGCCGAAUUGUGAGAUUUCUCAUUACUUCUUCAUUUUUAUGUUUUUCUUAGUUUUUUCAUAAAACCUCAGUGUAUAUUCUCAUAAUAUUAUCAUUGGUAUUGUUAUUUCUCCUAAUAAAAUACUUGGAGUU